UUAGCGAACCUGGAGAUUCUUCGCUGCCUUUUAUUGAAAAUGAAAAGAAAAACAUAAACAAACAUUUUUUUUAGUCAAAUUUGACAAUUUACGCCGUUUCACCUCAUCAUUAAUUGAUUAAAAUGCUCCAUUUACAAUUCAAGAUGUUCGAAGUGAAGAGUUGACCGCAGGGGGUGACCAUGGAGGCGCUUCUGCCAUCGGAAAUUGCCCGCCUCGUUUGGGGCUACUUGCAAGCGGAGUGUCCAAGUGCAGGCCACGUUUUUCUAAAAAACUGUCCCGCGCUGGCCGAGUGCAGAGACGCAAAGCAGAAGGGUCGACGAGUGCUGGACACUGUCCACGGACACUCUCUUCUGGACUUGCUGGCAGACCUCUCGGACACUUUCAAUUAUGUCUAUGAAGCCCAGAAUUGUCUUUCGCCAGAAGAACAGUCGGAUGUCAAGAGCAAACUAAGUCUCUGCAAUAAAGUUGAUGCACUUUUUACUCACGUUAAAGCUACUAGUGCUUUUGAGGCCCAAAGAGAAGAAGUCAAUGCUAUGGGGGAAGGAAUUGCAGAUUACCGAGAAGGUUCUCCAGUGAACACAAAUCCAUCAAUUGAUGACGUGAUGAACACAUCACCAGUUCGAGCACUCAUGGCCAACCUAGCCAACAAAUUGAAGCAAAACAAAACUAGCAUUCCGUUCAAGAAGAGAAGAAUGACUGGCAGUCCCAGUAUGAAUCUCGAAGGGACUUCCGAUGAUUCAGGAAUGGCGCCGCCCGCAGAUAUUGUUCCGAUUUUGCAUCCCAUUUUGAAGAACACCCAGUUUCACGAGAGGAUCGCCGAGAGCAUCAACAAAAUUUUCCAGCCUAAAGCCAGCUGCGAGGACGUGAAUCAAGAUCUUGAAAAAGUCAUCCACCAAGUUGUCAAGGAGACUGAAAAAGACCCGACUUUUGAGGAAAUCAUUCAGGAAAUUUGCGUCGGAACCCAAGACUUUUCAGCUGCUCUGUCCGACGUUGGCAGUGAAGACAAUGGUCUGGGCCCAGCCCUGUCUCCUCCGUUGUCCUUGCAACUUGAUUCGAACGGACAAGACUUCGCUCAGGCAAACGAGCUUCACACCCCAGACCCUGAGGAGAUUGAAAUUCAAAACACUCCCACCCGCGGCAGGAAGGGACGAGCGAAAGGCGCUUCUGCGGAACCACAAAAUGAAGUUCCUCUGAAGGCUAGGCUGAGAAGCGCCUCCAAACUUGGCCACUGCGACGGCGACGCUUCCCAAGACAGUCUGCACAUACUCAAUGAAGAUGCGGUCCGAAGCAUUGUCGAAGCAAUCCCUGAUAUUGAUAUUGCCACGCCUCCAGAGGGGGAAACGGCCAUGGAUGUUUCCGUUGACAAAAAACAAGACGGAAACGUAGAGAAUGAGAAAACUUCAGUGGAAGCGCCAGAAAUUACACUGGAAAUUCCUCUAAGCUUGGAAGAACAACAGUCUGUCAGUAUGUUUAACCAACCCAUGCCGAUCAGCUCCGAUUUCAGCCAGCCAGAGACGCAAGUCCAAGAACCACCUGCGCCUCCUGCUCCCAUCCUACCCCCUACCAAAAUUCACCCGAAUCCACCCCUGCCGUCGAACCCUGUCGGCUCAAUAAUUCUGAUCAUGGAACCUCAGGAUUCCAUAAAUACAACCCCUAAUAAUACGAGAAACAUUUUUACCCAACGCUACCCCUCAAUUCGUCCGAAUGGUGCAUUGCCAAAAAUCAUGCCCCAAGCCAAACCAGACAGAAAACUGAACCAGAAAGUGAAGGUACCAAAAAGUGGUGGCAAGAAACUGGCAGCUCCUGACAUGCCGCCCCCAGUUAUCACCAUUGAAGGUUUGAUUGUGCAUCCUCCGGUGGAACAGGAGUUUGAGCAGGACUAUCCGAACGUCUCGGCGCCUGAAGUCGAGGAAGACCCGACUCCUCCGACGCCAGACAUAAUUCCUCCAACCCCGGAGCAUGCUCUGCCGUCUGCCUCACCAUUUCCCCAAGGACAGCCCUUGCCACAAAUGGCGUUUGUGUCCAUGCCGAGCAUCAGUCCUGCUCAACAAGGUGCCAGGUCAACAGACCCACCCCGAGAUUCGCCGAUUGCCCCCGUCCUUGCCGAGGGCAGCACAGAACGCCCCAUUGAGGUGCGGAAAAGCCUGAGCACACCCAGAAGGGGCAGCAACUACGUCCGAGCCCUCGACUUCUCCACCCCCAAACAGCACAAGGUGGCAGCGCGCAGAGCUCAUACCUCUCCGAAGCUGGCUCAACACCGAAGCCCUUCUUCGACGGUCAAGCACUUGUUCACGGCUGCAAGAAUUGUUCGAUCUCGUCUAUUCGAAAAGUCUCCAGAAACAGCAAAAUCCAAGAAGUUGAAUAAAUUGUCCCUAAUUUCUGAAGAAGAGCCUCCGUCGGCGCCUGCAGAAGUUGAAACUUCAGUGCCUGAAAAUGAAAUUCCUCCCCCGCCUCUGGUGGAAGAAUCUCCGACGCAACCUUCUCCUCCGAUUGAGACUCCUCCGUCUCCCCACACUCCACCUUUGCCAAAGUCUCCUGAAAUUCAGCCUGCCAAAGAUUCGAUGAGCUGGGAUGCCAAACUGAGAUCCCUCAUCGGACCCGUUUCCAAUGCGUCCAGUCCGAAAAAAUCGCCAGUUAAAAAUAAGAGGCGUCGGAUAGGAGGCGAAAAAGCUUCACCAAAGAAGAGACGAUCCACCCCAAAGAAAACCCCAACGAAAGAUCGCAAGUCUGCACAGAAAGCAAAGGAGAAAAACAAGAGAAGUAAGAUAACCCCAGCAAAGUCUGCAACAAAACGGAGCAGAGCAGCCCUUAGAACCCUGAACUCCUCCCCCACUCUCUCCCAGACGUGCGCUGAGAAAGAGCGCCUGUUGGAGUCUCUCCAGCUGAGCCCUUCGAAGCCUCCUCCCCGAAUUCCAGAGCCAACCUUCGAACUCGGGAACCCUAGAAUGAAACUGGUGACCUGUGCAUGGCAAGGCACUUCGGCAGGAAACUUUGAACCAGACCUGGACAGGUCAUACUGCAUGACCAUCAGCGUCGAGGGAGAGGACGGGGAGGAAAUGGACAUCUCCCUCAAGUGGGGUCAGACCCACGUCUGGGACUCUUAUCAAGGAGAAACAGUCACGUGGGCUGAAAGGAGGAAGCAAAUUGAAUCGUCCGAGGAGGAGCUUGACCGAGGUCCAGAGGAUGACGACCUUAUGACUUUUGCCCUGAUUGGCUCACCUUCAAAGUCUAGGUCAAAAGUUCAAAGCCCGCAAGAAAGUUCCAACCCACAGGACAUGCUGAGGAAGGUGGGAGUUGACAAUUUCCUAUCAGCCCUUCAUGGGAAGGCUAAAAAGUGAAGCUUAAAAUUAUUUUUGUAAUUUAUUUGCUUUUGAAUAUUGCGUAUUGUGAAUUUUUCCAUUAAACACUAAUAAAAGGAA